AUGACAGAUGCUGGCGGGGCUGUGAGAAAACAGGGCACCAAAAAAAGAUCUCAAUUAGAUCUGGAGCUUGAGAUUGAGAACAUGGGUGCUCACCUAAAUGCGUACACAUCUAGAGAGCAAACAGUAUAUUAUGCCAAGGCUUUCUCAAAAGAUUUGCCAAGAGCGGUAGAAAUUCUUGCUGAUAUAAUACAAAACAGUACAUUGGGAGAAGCUGAGAUUGAACGUGAACGUGGAGUUAUCCUCCGAGAGAUGCAGGAAGUUGAAACCAAUUUACAAGAAGUUGUUUUUGAUUAUCUUCAUGCUACAGCCUAUCAAAAUACCGCCCUUGGACGGACGAUUUUAGGGCCAACAGAAAAUAUAAAAUCUAUAAACCGUAAAGACUUAGUGGAAUACAUAACAACACAUUAUAAGGGUCCAAGGAUUGUGCUUGCUGCUGCUGGAGCACAUGAAGGAGAAAUACCAGCUUUGCCUGCCUGCAAAUUUACAGGAAGUGAGAUUCGUGUGAGAGAUGACAAGAUGCCUUUGGCACACAUUGCAAUUGCCAUUGAAGCAGUUGGUUGGUCUCACCCAGACACAAUCUCUCUCAUGGUUGCAAAUACUCUGAUUGGCAACUGGGAUCGCUCUUUUGGAGGAGGAAUGAAUUUGUCUAGCAGGCUUGCCCAGAUCACCUGUCAUGGAAACCUCUGUCAUAGCUUCCAGUCCUUCAACACUUCCUACACAGAUACAGGACUGUGGGGACUCUAUAUGGUUUGUGAGCCAGCUACUGUUGCAGACAUGAUAGACUUUGUUCAGAGAGAAUGGAUACGGCUCUGUACAAGUGUCACUGAAAGUGAAGUUGCCCGAGCUAAGAAUCUUUUGAAAACAAAUAUGCUGCUGCAGCUUGAUGGUUCAACUCCAAUCUGUGAAGAUAUUGGUCGGCAAAUGUUAUGUUAUAAUCGGAGAAUUCCCAUUCCCGAGCUUGAAGCAAGAAUUGAUGCUGUUGAUGCUCAGAAUAUACAAGAUGUAUGCACAAAAUAUAUUUAUAAUAAGCACCCUGCCAUAGCUGCUGUUGGUCCCAUUGAGCAACUACCAGAUUACAAGAAAAUCUGCAGUGGCAUGUAUUGGCUUCGGGAAUAA